UAUAGUCUCACGGAGCCUUGCGGCUUCUCUCUCGCGGUCUCGCCUUCAAAGCCUGCCUCCAAGAUUUCUCCUUCGAUACACAAGCACGAUGGCUCACAACCUGCUGCCCGUGGCCGUCGUCCUCGCCGUCGCACUGCUCAUGGCCCCAGCCGCGGGUUACCCGUGGCUAUCGUGUGGCACCAGCAGCAGCUUCGCGGCCAACGGCACAUACCAAGACCACUUCAACUUCGCCGCCGCCACCCUGCCCAAGAACGCCUCGACAUCCCCUGACCUUUUUGCCAGCAUAGUCGUCGGCACCGUGCCGGAGCAGCUCUCAGCCAUGGCCCUUUGCCGCGGCGACGUCAACAGCACGACAUGCUUCAGCUGCCUGACCGAGGCCUUCGGAGACCUGCCCAGCGCCUGCUCCGACGACAAGGCUGCCACCAUCUACUACGAUCCCUGCAUGGUCCACUACUCCGACGUGCACACCCUCCCCGGCGACGACGACACCGGCCCGUCGAUCGACACGUACCCCAUCGGCGACAACCAGUACGUGACCGCUGACCCCGGCCAGUUCAUACGCCUGCUGGCCGCGCUCGUGAACGCCACCGCCGACUACGCCGCGUACAACUCCACGCGGCGGUUCGCGACUGGCCAGGCUGACACCGGCUUCGACCCGGAGUUUCCCGAGCUCUACGCUCUGGCUCAGUGCACGCCGGACCAGACGCCGGCGCAGUGCCACAAGUGCCUCGCCGGGCUCAUAUCACAGUCGCUAGGCGGGUUCCAGAACCGUGACGGGGCCAGGAUGCUCGCGGUCAGCUGCACCUACAGGUACGAGACCAAGCCCUUCUAUAACGGGCCGGCGAUGGUGCGGCUGGCCUCACCAAGCUCUGGAGCGCCGGCGCCGGCGCCCGCUGUGAACUCUCGGGUUCGUGCGGCGGAUGGAGGGAGGCGAAAGUACCAUGUGCCCUGGGUGGCGAUUGCAGUUGUGCUGCCAGCUCUAGCAGCCAUGAACCUUGUGGCCUGCCUCUGCUUCCGGAGGCGGCGGCGGCGGCUACUGAUCGCACAGGCCAAACACCAGAAUCCCAUGUACUCCACUGAAGCAGAGGACACCGAAAUGGUGGACUCCAUGAUGAUGGACGUCUCCGCCCUACGGGCCGCCACGGGGGAUUUCGACGAGAGCAACAAGCUCGGCGAAGGCGGCUUUGGCGCCGUGUACAAGGGUGUCCUCCCGGAUGGCGAGGAGAUAGCGGUGAAGCGUCUGUCCAGUAGCUCGUCGCAGGGGGUGCAGGAGCUGAAGAACGAGCUGGCGCUGGUGGCCAAGCUGAAGCACAGGAACCUCGUCAGGCUCAUCGGCGUCUGCCUGGGGCAGCAGGAGAGGCUGCUCGUCUACGAGUUCCUGCCCAACCGGAGCCUCGACCUCAUCCUAUUCGACACGGAGAAUGAAGAGCGUGGACGACGACGGCUGGACUGGGCGCAGAGGUACAAGAUCAUCAACGGAGUCGCUCGGGGGCUGCAGUACCUCCACGAGGACUCCCAGCUCAAGGUGGUGCACCGCGACCUCAAGGCCAGCAACGUCCUGCUAGACGAGAACAUGAACCCCAAGAUCUCGGACUUCGGCCUGGCCAGGAUCUUUGGCCGGGGCCAGACCCAGGCCGUCACCCGCCGCGUCGUCGGCACCUACGGGUACAUGGCGCCGGAGUACAUGAUGCGGGGGAACUACUCCGUCAGGUCGGACGCGUUCAGCUUCGGCGUCAUGGUGCUGGAGGUCGUCACGGGGAGGAAGAACAGCGACGAUGGCUGCAACCUCUUGGCCACAGUAUGGACGCACUGGGAGGCCGGGACGGUGGCGCAGCUGGUGGAACCGAGCACUAUGGGCGGCAGCUUCCCGGAGGGCGACGUGCUGCGGUGCGUCCACAUCGGCCUGCUGUGCGUCCAGGCAGACCCCGCGGCGCGGCCGGUGAUGUCGUCGGUCGUCAUGAUGCUCGGCAGCGACACCGUCACCCUCCAGGCUCCAUCCAAGCCGGGGUUCUUCGUCAGGAACAACAGCGCCAACGCAGCCGCGUCGACGGUGUCACUGGAUGGUUAGCUAGCCAGCAGGCCAUGGGAUCGAGCCCAGAAAUUGGGAACAUAUAUUUGUACCGUUACCACCCUGUUACCAAAAUGUAUGACAGCAGCUAAUAAGCAGCGUAAGCUACAAAGAUUAGAUUUUGCAUACAGCUGCUACAGAAUGUAGAUUAUAUCCUCUUCCUCUGCUGCGACACCAACCAAACCAGACCGGUCGUACUCGUACGGUUCCCUCCCGAAGAAGAACGCGGGCUGCGACGGCGGCUGGUGCUCCAUGCUAUCCCUGGUGAGAACGGACACGACGGCCGACAUGUCAGGGUCCUGCUGCACGCACAGCAAGCCGAAGUGGACGCACCGCAGCGCCUGCCUGGCUUCGUCCACAACCACAACAGGAGCCUCGACCUCAUCCUUUUCGGUACUGGUUGAUGAAGCGUCCUCAGCCCGAUGCAUUCAUUUGCUUCUCCAGUUUUCCUCAUUUGCCUUUGUGAUCGAUGUCAUCAGACACUGAGCUAGCUGCUAGACUGGGGGCAGAGGUACAAGGGCGUCGCGCGGGCCCUGCAGUACCUAGCUGCACGAAGACUCCCCCCACCCAGCUCAAGGUCGUCCACCGUGAUCUCAAAACCAGCAACAUCCUACUGGACGCCAAGAUGAGGCCCAAGAUUUCUGACUUCGGCCUCGCGAGGAUUUUCAAGCGCGACCAGACGCAGGCCGUCACCAGACCAGCCGCGUCGUUGGCACCUAGUCAGUACUCAGUAGAGCUUCAAAACCAACUCCCCGUUUGGUCAGUGUUCAUAAACACUUUUUUGCUCGAUUUAUUUCAUGUUUCAUGGGUACAUC